AUGAAGAUGUUUCUUGUGAUGUUUUUGGUGUACAAAGUAAUGACUCUUAAAUGCCCUGCAAGUGAUUCUUUCCUAGUUCCACAUGAGUGGUACCAGCCUGGAGACCUCAUCAUUGGUGGGGUGGCAUCUCACUUCACUUACCACCUUUAUGGAAUUAAAUUUAAUGAAAACCCUUCUAAGAAACCUUAUGACAUACCAGUUAUAUUCACCAAAUUUCAUCAACAUAUCCUUGCGUUGGCUUUUGCUGUGAAGGAGAUCAAUGAAGACUCACAGAUCUUACCUAACAUUACUCUUGGGUUCCACAUCUUUGACAGUUACUACAAUGCAAGGAUGACCUAUCGCACCACUCUGGAUCUGCUAUUCAAAUCCCAGGAAUUUGUCCCUAACUACAAGUGUGACAGCCAGAAAAAUCUCAUGGCUAUCAUUGGGGGACUGGAUUUUGUCACAUCAUCUCAUAUUGCUAAAAUUUCAGAAUUCUUCAAAAUUCCUCAGCUAACCUAUGGCUCAUUACCCCAAGAGCAAUUUGAGACCAAUAAACUCUCUUCAGUUUAUUUCAUGGUCCCCAAAGAAGACCAUCAGUACAGUGGGAUUAUCCAACUGCUUCAUCAUUUCAGGUGGACAUGGAUUGGGAUAUUUGCUGUUGAUAACAACAAUGGAGAAAAUUUCGUACAGAAAAUGCAGCCCUUGCUUGCAGAGAAUGGAGUUUGCUCUGCGUUCAUAGAAAGACUUGAACAGCUAAUCCACUUGGAAGAUGCUGUAGAAGUACUUAACAGAAUCUUAAUUAUAUCUGUGAAUUGGAUAAACAGCCAAGCCAAUGCCUUUCUCGUCUAUGGAGAAUCAUUGACAAUUAUGUGGCUGAGAGUUGUCAUAUUUUUGAUAGAUCCUGAAAGCAAGGAAAUGACAUUUUUUAGAAGGGUGUGGAUCAUGACUGCCCAGAUUGAUUUCAUAGUAUCAGGAUUUCAAAUCACAUUGGAUCUCACCAUGUUCCAUGGGGCUAUUUCCUUCACCGUUCAUUCAACAGCCGUUGCAAAUUUCAAGGAAUUUCUUCAGACCAUGAAUCCUCUUUCAGACUACAGAGAUCAGUUUCUGCAGGAAGUUUGGGAACAAGCAUUUGAUUGUUCAUUUCCAAAACAAGAGUUACAAAAAAUACAGAAGGAAGGUAGAAUAUGCACUGAGGAGAUGAAGCUAGAGGAUCUUCCUGGACCUGCCUUUGAAAUGGAAAUGACUGGCCAUAGCUACAGCGUCUACAAUGCUGUUUAUGCUGUGGCUCAUGCUUUGCAGGCUCUGUACACUUUGGGAUCCUUUCAGAAAGUUAGAGUUGGAAAGAUGGAUCUACAGGCUCUAAAAGGGAAGGAAUUAUGGAUUGAUGAUGAUGUGAUUGUUUGGAGUCCAGCUUUUAACCAGGUUCUUCCAUUUUCUCGAUGCAAUGGCCCUUGUGUCCCAGGAUCCUGGAAAAAGGGGAUUGAAGGAAAUCAGUUCUGCUGCUAUGACUGUGUUCCAUGCACAGAAGGGAAGAUUUCAAAUCAAAAUGAUAUGGAUGACUGUUUUAAAUGUCCAGAAAGUCAUUAUCCAAAUAAAGGAAAGAAUGGAUGUAUCCUGAAACUGCUGGUCUUUCUAACUUUUGAAGAAAACUUAGGAAUUGGUUUAGCCUCAGCAGCUCUUGGUUUCUUCUUCUUGACCUUUUGGGUACUUGGAACCUUUAUUAAGCACAAGGAUACUCCCAUUGUCAAAGCCAACAACCGGUCCCUCACCUACACCCUGCUUGUCUCUCUUCUGCUCUGUUUUCUCUCCUCUUUGCUCUUCCUCAGCCAACCUAGCAAAGUGACCUGCCUUCUCCGACAAUCAAUGUUUGGCAUCACUUUUUCAGUGGCCAUUUCUAGUGUACUGGCCAAAACCAUCACUGUGGUUGUGGCUUUCAUGGCCACUAAACCAGGAUCUCAGAUGAGGAAAUGGGUGGGGAAAAAUUUGGCCUUUUCUAUUGUCCUCUCAUGCUCUCUCCUACAAUUAUGUAUUUGUAUCCUUUGGUUAUCAACAUCUCCUCCAUUUCCUGAGUUGGACAUGCAGUCAGAGCUCCAAGAAAUGAUUUUACAAUGCAAUGAGGGGUCACCUUUCUUCUUCUAUUGUGUCUUGGGCUACAUGGGUAUCUUGGCCAUUGCCAGCUUUAUUGUGGCUUUCCUUGCCCGUAAAUUACCUAACAGCUUUAACGAAGCGAAGUUCAUCACCUUCAGCAUGUUGGCCUUCUGCAGUGUGUGGAUCUCCUUCUUUCCAGCCUAUCUGAGCACAAAAGGAAAGGCCAUGGUAGCUGUGGAGGUCUUCUCCAUCUUGGCCUCCAGCGCUGCAUUAUUGGGAUGCAUAUUCCUGCCAAAGUGCUACAUCAUUGUUUUGAGGCCUGACCUCAACCACAGGGAGCAACUCAUUAAGAGGAGUUAG